AUAUCUGCCCACUGCUAGGCAGAGGCAGCUCCCUCCCAGGGCAGGCACGAGUGCCACACGGAAGUCACAGCACCACUCGGUUCACAUGAGACCUCCGAGACCUCGGGCGAAGGAGCUGGGGAAGGAAACCAGAGCGUGAGAGAGCCCAGGAGCCUCCAGCCCACCCUGCACACCAGCGCUCUCCUUAGGAAUCCGCCCCGAGGGGCUCCUGGAGAAAGAGGCACUGAGGAAGGCUCUCCGCUUCACCAUGCAGGAUGAAAUUCUGCUGACUCCCUGCAGGGAAUUUCCUGCUGAGGACACGGACUCCUUUGCCUCCCCGAAUGAAGAGAAGUGGGAUUUUGUCCUGGUGAGUGACAUCCACGAAAUGGGCAGUGAGAAGGAGAUCAAGAGGAAGAAGUUCCUGGAUGAGCUGAGCAAGAAGGGCUUCACCAUCAAGAAAAUUGAGGACACAAAGCUCUUUUAUGGAGUCCGUGCCCCACAGCACAUCUUCUGGAAAUACCAGUGUCUCCUGACAAACCCCAACAGCAGGCAGCAAAACUUCAGUGCCUACCAGGAUGUCCCAGUGACCACCAGGAUACGGGUGGUGCACUUCAUCCUCCAGAACACUGUGACGUCUGACUUAGAGAAGCUGCAUGACCUGAUGAAGAAGAAGGUGUUUGAGGCAGCCUUUCCCCUGCACAAGGUGAGGCUGAGCACACAGUGCCUGGGAGGAAAAUCCAGGAGGGAUGGAGGAGCAGGAUGGGGUGGGGGGGACCUGGGAGUGACUGGGGCUGCACCAAGAGCUCGAUGGGUGAAGGGCAAAGCUCCUGGCAGCUGCCCUGCAGCUGGGCAGGGCACUAAGGGUGCCCUGAUGUUCCUGCAUCCAACCAACUUCUCUGCUCUCCAGAAAGAAGAGAUAAGGGAAAUACUAAAGAAGAAGUGGGCUCGCUGGAGAGUUCUAUUUAAGGAACAGCCAAUUGAGGAGAUCAGGUGCUAUUUUGGAGAGAAGGUGGCCUUGUACUUUGCCUGGCUGGGCUGGUACACCUACCUGCUGAUUUUCGCUGCCCUGGCUGGGCUGGCAACCGUCGCAGCUGGGGCUACUGUUUUCAGUUCCAGCCAGGUGAGCAAGGAGAUCUGUGAUGCCAACAACACCAUCAUGUGCCCGCUCUGCGACCAGAACUGCUCGUUCUGGGUCCUCUCUGACACCUGCACCUAUGCCAAGGUCACUCACAUGAUUGAUAACGAGGCCACAGUGGUGUUUGCCAUGUUCAUGGCCAUCUGGGCCACUGUAUUCCUGGAGCUGUGGAAGAGGGAGAGAGCCAAUGUGGCCACCAGCUGGGACCUGUACGGGUGGGAUGAGGAAGAGGAGGAGUUGGCUCUGCAGCUGAUCAAUAACUCUCAGCACGAACCCCGGCUGUACCAGCACUCCUACUUCCGCAGCACCAUUGUCCUCAUCUUGGCCCUGCUGAUGAUCAUGGUGCUGAUCGGCAUCGCCCACGCGCUCGUCAUCUACCGGGCGGUGGCCAUGGCCCUGUUCACGCAGAGCGACGUGAGCCUGCUCAGCAAGCACGCCGACAUCAUCGCCGUCAUGACGGGGGCCGUGCUGCACUACCUCACCAUCGUCAUCAUGACCAAGGUCAACUGGCACGUGGCCCUCUUCCUGUGUGACCUGGAGAAACCACGGACCUUCUCCCAGCGGGAGAACAACUUCACUGUGAAGAUCUUCCUCUUUCAGUUCUUCACAAACUUCUCCUCGCUCAUCUACAUCGCCUUCUUCCUGGGACGGAUCAAUGGCCACCCAGGGCACUACGUGCGCAUCGCUGGCCACUGGAGGCUGGAGGAGUGCCACCCUAGUGGCUGCAUCACCGACCUCUUCAUCCAGAUGGCUGUCAUCAUGGUGCUCAAGCAGACCAUCAGCAACAUCAUGGAGUAUCUCAUCCCUUUGAUAUCCCACCAGCUACGGAAGAAGAAAAAGCACCCCAAGAAGAGAAGUCUAAUGUUAGGAGAGGAGGAGGAGGCAGAGGACCCCUGCAAAAGGCAGUGGCUGAAUAACUAUGAACUCAACGAGGUCAACGUCUUCAGCUUGUUCAACGAGUACCUGGAGAUAGUGAUCCAGUACAGCUUCACCACCAUCUUCGUGGCAGCCUUUCCUCUGGCCCCGCUGCUGGCCCUCAUCAACAACGUCAUCGAGAUCCACAUGGAUGCCAUCAAGAUGAUGCGGCUGCGCCGGCGCAUGGUGCCCAGGAAGGCCAAGGACAUCGGGAUCUGGCUGCAGGUCCUAGAGGCCAUUGGCAUCCUGGCUGUCAUUGGGAACGGGCUGGUGAUCGCCAUCACCUCCGACUUCAUCCCCGUGCAGGUCUACAAGUACAUGUACAGCCCCUGCAUGAGGGAGAACCACACCAGCAUGGACUGCUCCACUGGCUACAUCAACAACAGCCUCUCCGUAUUCCACAUCCAGGACUUCGAGCCCCACACCAAGGUGCUGCCAGAAUUUAAAGGGAAGCAGAUCAAGGAGUGCAGGUACCGGGAUUACCGGAAUGCUGACGACUACACCUACACUGUCCAGUUCUGGCACAUCUUCGCAGCCCGGCUCGCCUUCCUCAUCCUCUUCGAGCACGUGGCUCUGUGCGUGAAGCUGAUCGCAGCCUGGUACAUCCCCGAUGUCCCCCAGAAGGUCAAGAAUAAAAUUCUGACGGAAAAACACAGCAAUCUCCGCAAUGAGCUGAGGGAGAGGAGUCCUUCCUCUGCUACACCAUGGGGUCUCUUCCCACAGGAGAGAGUUCUCUGCAACCCUCUCCACCACGGCUCCAAUCUCACAAGCAGGAAUCCUCCCAAAACUGCUGCAAUCACGGCAGAAUACUCCACCGAGGUGUAGCCACAGCUCACCAAGGAGAAGGAGAACACGGACUCGAGCCCCUUUCCCAGCCUGGCAGUGCCAGGGGUGCCGGAUGAACCCCAGGACACGGUGCCACAUGUCCCAUCUGGGACCAAGCUGGACCUGAGCUGGGAAGCAAUGACCAGACAGUGGCUUCACAGGAGCAGGCUGCUUUCUGACUUGGGAAGGAAGGAUGCUGUGGCAGAGCCGGGAUGUGCCUCCCCACACUGGGGAUGUGCUGGGACAGAGCCGUGGCGCUGGGGACAAACCCUGGGCAGCAUUCAGAUGCAGGAUCACCUGGAUCCUUGUCACUCACUUCCUUAAGCACAGGAAACACCACUUACCUCGUUCCAGGCUCCCUCUCCAGCCCUUUUGUUGCACUUUGGCCCUGCUUUUUCCACUGCCUUCAGUGACCUCCACUCCACUGGGGCACUUGAGUCCCUUUCAGCAAACUCCUCCCCGGCACGGCUCCCCAAGGCUGCAGCUCCACCCUGCUGUCUGCAGGACGCGGCUCCCCGCUCCUUGGGAAAACGCCGCUGUUAUCUCGCGUUUAGCUCCGGGCUCAGCCGGGUCCUGAGAGCUGCUCCCGGCUCAGCUGCCACCAGCCAUCGGUAAAUAAACACAACACCCACGUGGACGACUGCCUGGUAUUGCUCCUGCCUUCCUCCUCUGCCAUCCCCAGUCAUCCCCCAAAACCCUUCCUUGUCUUAGUGGGGGCAAUCACAGCAGGUGGCAGCUGCAGUGCCCAGUCUGAGGGCUGUGUGGGAGCUGGCUGGUGGGACACCAGGAUUUGGCCAUGCACAGUGGGAACACACCCUGGUAAAGGUGCCAGGAUAACGGAAAUACCUGGGGGAAAUGGGAAAAACGCAGCAAAUCCCAAAUGAUAGGGUUAUCCCACAUUUUCCUUUAGAGACAUCACUACUGGCUGGCCCACCUACUCCAGACAGAACGAGUUGGUCUGCAGCAGGAAUGAGGUGACACCCCAGGACUGGACAGGUGCCACAGCUCAGGGGGCUCUGACAGGGCCCUGAAAUGGCAGGGCACCACCCUGGCACUGCCCCUGUCCCACAGGGGUCCUGCCAAAGACACUUCCCAAGGUGUCAGUCCUGGGGACUGUGCCCUGGGGGUGACACACCCCAGUCAGGACUGCAGGGAAAGGCACCAGGGUUAACUCAGCCUCAAAACUUCACUCCCAAGAGCAUGGAAAACCACAAACAACCCCAUAGGGAACAGAAAGGAGCUUGCUGAGCCCUAAGGCUCGUCCCGUUUUUGCACCAUUGUGACCAAAACUGGAUCUGCUCCUCCAUGUAAUUUACCUACCACAGGGAUAACCCUGAUGGACAAGAAAGAUCUUAUCAGCUCCUGGUUUGCUCCCAAGCCUCCCCACACCCCUGCCAUCCCCAGGACCUGGGCUUCUUCCAUGCAAUCCUUCACCAUCCCACAAAUCCAACAGAUUUACACUGGAUUGUUCAGCUGAUGGAUCACAGUGUCCGUGAGAAGUGGGCAGCCCUCAAAAAAGGCUGCUCCAAUACUUGCUGCCCAAACACACAGCCAGUGGGUGCAGGGCCCAGGAGCAGGGGAUUCUCCCCAGAGAUGGCAGCAGGGAUCUGUCCCUUUCCCUUCCCACAACAAGCCAACAGCACUGGUAGCUUAUCUCCUAAACAAUGAGGAGUCAGAGGGUGUUUCUCCAUGGGAACAGGCUCAGAGUCCUGCCUGUGACCUGUACCUGUUUAUUUAUAUAUACAAAGUUAUCCAAUAUACAUCUAUGUACAUUUAUGUAUUAUAAAAUAUAAUUUAUAUAUAUAUAUGAAAAUACA